CUUUAACCCUCCGCCUCUCUCUCUCUCUCUCUCGCUCUAAUAUUUAUCAUUCCUUUAUCCCUCUCCCAAUCUCUCUCUCUCUCUCUCUUUCAUAUUUACCAUUCUUUCUCUAUCUCUUUACUUCACUCAUUUUCAUCCCUCUCAGCCUCUCUGUUACAUUUUUAUCUUUCCAUUUGUCCUCUUUCACUCUUUCUCUUUCUCUCAUGUUUUUCUGCCCUCUCAACUUUAUUCUUCUCCCCCUCUCUAACACUCUCAUAUUUCUCUUUCCAUCUCUCUGCGCCGCUCUCUCUUUCUCUCAUCUUGAUUUUUCUCCCUGCUUUACAUCUCCACUACAUUCUCAUCUUUAUCUUAUGAUAUCUAUCUAUCUAUCUAUCUAUCUAUCUAUCUCUAUCUAUCUAUCUAUCUAUCUCGGACUUUCUUUCUCACUCAUUUUCAUAUAUAUAUAUAUAUAUAUAUAUAUAUAUAUAUAUAUAUCUUUAUUUAAAUUGUCUCUUUUUCAAGCCACUGUUUCUUUCAUUCAUUCUUACUUUCUUCUUUCUUUCUUUUUUCUUUCUUUUUUCUUUAAUUACUUCUUCCUUUCUUUAAUUCUUACUUCAUUCAAUGCUCAAUUUUUUUUCUUCGUUCACUUUAGUUGUUUCGGCCUUUCCAUUUGUCAAGUUCACAUAUUUUUUCAUUCUUUCUUUUUUUUUCAAAUCAUUAUUCUCAGUCUUUCCUUUCUUCACCGAGAAAACUGCAUUGACCAUCUUUCUUUCCAUCCUAAUCUUUUGCUUUCUCCUCUAAAAACCUCUAAACAUUUACUUCUUCUUUUCAUUCUAUCCACUUCUCUUUCCUUUCCUUCUUUCUUCAUUAAUUUGUUUAUUUUGUUUUCUUACGUUUUUUUCACUUUCUUUCUUUCUCUCUUUCUUUCAUGUUUUCUUGACUUUCUUCUGUCUUUCUUUCUUUCUUUCUUUCUUUAUGAUUUUCUUACCCUUUCUUCUUUAUUUAUUUCUUUCUUUUUUCUUUCUUCCUUCAAGGGUUCUCUUGAUUCUUCUUCUUUCUUUCUUUCAGGUUUUCUUCUCAUUUCUUUCUUUCUUUCUUUUUUUUCUUUCAGUCAGUCAGUCAAGUUUACUUACCCUUUCUUUCUUUCUUUCUUUCUUUUUUCUUCUUUCUAUCUUUUAGGUUUUCUUGGUCUCUCUUCUUUCUUUUUUAAUUCUUUUCAUGUUUUCUUCUUUCUUUCUUUCUUUUGUAGGCUUUAUUUUGUUGCCUUUCUUUCUUUCUUUCUUUCUUUCUUUCUUUCUUUUUGUGUUUGUUUAUCGGUUUUUGUUUCUAUCUUUAUUUUUCCAUAUUUUCUUUAUCUCCAUUUUAUUUGUCGUUUUCUUUUUCUUUCUUUCUGUGCUUUCGUUUCUUGCUCGACAAACUGGCUAAACAUUAUUCUUUUAUUCGUUUAUUCCUCUUCAAAAUCUAAAAGUCUUCGUUCUUUCUUUUCCCGCUUCUUUUCUUUUCUUUUCUUUCCUGUCUUCGGUCUUGACUCGUUCACAUGUUACGACUUUCAUUCAUUUGGAAAAUAA